AUGUCGUAUCUACAAAACACUAAACAGUUGUUCGUAUUCUCAUUGCAAAUGGAGGCUUUUGGGUUUACACAAGCGGAGCGGAACGCUGCUAAUACUGUAUUCAAUGGGUCUGUUUUUUACACUGUAUACAAAGAUGCGGAUUUUCUCCGUAUUGACGCCAAUAUUGAAAAUCUCUUGACUCGAGGGUACGAGGUGAGACAGAAAAUGAAAACAAUACCCGUUGGCGAUUCACUCGUAAUUCAAGGGAUGAAACUUGAAAGGAACACUCCAUUAAUAAUUAAAAGAGGCGGUCGCGGUGUUACGGUUGAAGACUUUGAAUUCACUUACAAUCGCCUUCAAGGUUUGGUAGCAGCUUUUGCUUAUGAAAAUCGACAUAGAUUCCCGGUUCUAGAGGCGAGCGAGCCAAAAUCCCUAGGACUUGUGUGGGACAAUGAAAACGAAGAGAAAUGUAAACUUUAUCUGUCUGCCAUAAGUGGAACUGAUAGCAUGAUCGACCAAUUCUCCUUCUUUCCGUUUAUAUGUGGAUUGAGGAAGUUUCAGCUGAAGAAAAUACCCCUUGAACUGGUCGUCGGUAUGGGGUACGUCAAAAAUAAUGAAGGAUUGACGAUGGCCCGACUGUUGAAUAAGAACUUGGUGAUGGCGAAACGUAUAUGGCUAAUGUUUCCGGGUAGCUCACUUCGGGAGAUGGAAACUCUUGUCAAUACAACUCCUCACAUUAAGAAACUGUUCCAGGUCUGA